GGCCCGUCUGUUGUGGCUUAAUUUCCUCUCGCUCGCUUCACAGUCUGCUGACAGUAUCGGGCUUGAUAAAAACAUCUGCGUGUCAAAAUCCCGGUUAAUGUCUAAACACAUAUAAUCAGUGUGUUUGUGGAUCAUGCUGGAGGAGUCACAAACACAGCAGCGCACCAUCAGCGAAUGACAGACACUGAGAUCAUCUGAUUCGGUGAUAAAUUGCUGAAGACUGCGGCCCCGGGGCCUCCUGCUGUGAUCUUCAACACUUUAGUGGUCGUCUGAGGAUGUGUCUGCUUUGUUUAUCAUUGACUGCUCUCCAUGCCUGUUUCAGGUAGGAAGCGUGUUGGGGGACGUCACUGAGGAGUGAUGCCUGUUGAAAGUGGAAACAGCGCAGCCGCCCGUCAAGUUAAACAGAAGCGCAAGUCGCACAGUCUCUCCAUUAGAAGGACUAACAGCACCGAGCAGGACAGACCAGGCAUGCAGAGAGACAUGCUGGAGGGCCAGGAGUCCAAGUUGCCGAUGGCCUUGAGGAGUAACUUGCUGGAUCUGUUUGGACAGAUUGAACGCGAGUUUGAAAAUCUCUACAUUGAAAACUUGGAGUUGAGGAGAGAGAUUGAAUCGCUGAAUGAACGUUUGGCUGGAGAGGGACAGACUGUGGAUGGAGGUGAUCCCAGUAAAGGAGCCCUGAAAACAAAAGCAAGUCACAGCACAAGUCAACUGUCCCAAAAACUGAAGACAACAUACAAGGCCUCUACAAGCAAGCGCUCAAAUUCUUUCCCGGGGAAAGUAGGUGGACCUCGCAACUUCAAUGUGGGGAACUGGGAGUUAUGGGGUGGAGACUCUUGGAUCGUGUCCAGUUUCAAAGCGACCACGUCACGUGCCGUAUGUCAGCUGGUGAAGGAAUAUGUGGGUCACAGAGACGGGAUAUGGGAUCUGGCCGUCACCAGGGUUCAGCCGCUGGUUCUGGGCACGGCCUCAGCCGAUCAUUGUUCCAUGCUGUGGAGUAUAGAGACUGGAAAAUGCCUAUUGAAAUACGCUGGUCACGCUGGAUCAGUCAACUCCAUUAAGUUCCACCCUACAGAACAGAUGGCACUUACAGCAUCCGGGGACCAGACUGCACACAUCUGGCGUUACAUGGUACAGCUGCCACUUCCUCCGCCCCCAGCUGACAUCAGCGCCUCGCUGGAAGACGAUGUGGAUUUCUCCGAUAAAGACGAGGCAGACGGGGAGGCAGACGGGCCCAAUGAAUGCCCCACCAUCCGUGUCGCCACGACAACCCUGAAAAGCCACCAGGGGGUGGUGAUCGCAGCCGAUUGGCUGGUGGGCGGAAAGCAGGUGGUGACUGCGUCCUGGGACAGAGCUGCCAACCUCUAUGAUGUAGAAACCUCUGAAUUGGUGCACACCCUCACAGGUCACGACCAAGAGUUGACCCACUGUUGUACUCAUCCCACCCAGCGUCUGGUGGUGACCUCAUCCAGGGACACCACCUUCCGUCUGUGGGACUUCAGAGAUCCCUCCAUCCACUCAGUCAAAGUCUUCCAGGGGCACACAGACACGGUGACGUCAGCAGUCUUCACGGUGGGAGACAACGUGGUGUCUGGAAGCGAUGAUCGCACCGUCAAGGUGUGGGACCUGAAGAACAUGAGAUCUCCGAUUGCCACCAUCCGCACCGACUCGGCUGUUAAUAGGAUAAGCGUCUCAGCGAACCAAAGAAUCAUUGCUCUACCGCAUGACAACAGGCAGGUCAGGCUGUUCGACAUGAAUGGGGUUCGUCUGGCUCGCCUCCCACGGAGCAACAGACAGGGUCAUCGUCGCAUGGUGUGCUGCUCGGUGUGGAAUGAAGAGAAUCAAGCCUGUAAUCUCUUCACCUGUGGCUUCGACCGGCAAGCCAUUGGCUGGAACAUCAACAUACCUGCCCUGCUACAGGAGAAGUGACACGCUCGCACCCGCAACCCACAUUUGCACAGUCUCGCACGCGUAUACAAGCUCGGCACAUCUCAUCCACACAAUCGUGACUGAAUCCUCCGAAUCCAUUUUCAUUUUGUGAUGCCAUUCGGUGCUUCAUACCAGUUGCCGCCUGCUGUCCCGUGGUCAGAUAUCAUCCCGUCAUGCCUUGAAAAGCGUGCGUUACAUCCGAGGAUGACAACGGCCUCCACAAAUUCAAGUGAAUUACAAACACCUGUUUAAUUCCAUAGUCUUUCUACAUAUCUAGCUCUACGCCGUCUGCUCUGAGGUCAUAUAGUGUGGUGAACUUGUACCCAGUCUUGUUACUCUGUUUUAACUUGUUUGCAUGAUUCAAACUGGUACUCGUGAAUUCUGAGAGACUGGGACAUUGAUGAAACGUUCCAUUAUGACCCGUCGCUGUUACUUUCAAAAGAUUUUUCCCUUAAGUGGUGUUUUUGUUGUGCAAUGUUUAAUUUGAAUGUACAGAUAGCCUUUUAUUGUACGAUAGCAUUUUAGACAUUUUUUCUUGGUUUUGUAUAGAUUUUGGCCUUGCUUUUUAUAGAGAUGAGCCUUUCAAAGAAAAUGUAGAGCACUCUCCCUUUGUGAAAGGAAAUCUGCAAUCAUAUUUACGCAUCGGUGGCACCUUCUUAACGUUCUGAUUGGCACUGCCGUUCAAGCGGCCAAUCAGCAGCUUUCAGUAUUGCUGCAGACCAUUUGCAUGAUAAACCCAGCUAGCUGUCAAAUAUGUGAAGCAAAAUGCUGUAUAAUUGCUGUAAAAAUCUCGUUCACCUAUUUGAAAACAAAAAAGUGAUGUGCAAGACUGUAAGUAGAUUGACUGUUUAUAGAGCCCUGAAAAUUGAUGUUUGAUGUUCCCUUUCAUUGGAAGAGCUUUCAAGUCAUGUAGAAGUAAAUACGUUAAUCAAAUGUUGACGAUUUUCGAUCACUAGUUGACAUCUUGGUCACUGCUGUACAUUUGAAGAGAGAGGUUUUCAGCUGUGUGUUAAAUAUUGUAAUAUUUGUCAGUAAUUAUCGGACCAAAUGUUGUCAGUGACGUUCUCUAUUGCUACUGAUGCUUGACAUGUUUGGAGAUAUAGACGUGAUGUGUGUGAACCAAUGUGCUUUGCUCUGUACAGAAAACAUCACAGCAGAUGCUGUCGAUCUUUUACUUUGAAGAUGUUUAACAUUUGUUCAAUUGAAGCUUUUCAAUGAGUGUGUUAUAAUCAGUAUAGUUACUGCAUUACUGGGUUAUUACUAAAACUACAUUAGAGAGUUUGAUAGAAAUGCUGGUGGAAAAGUGUUCAUUUUUUCCCAUGUACUCCGUUAAAUCAGGUAGGUCUAAAAGAUGUUCAUUAUGCAAUAUUUGUGUGAUGUUCAUAUCAAUGGACCCUCUGUAUUUGACAGAGGUGAAUAUAAAUGGAUUUUACUCCGCUGUCAUAAAUCGCAAGAUACCUUCAUGCACACAUUUGACUCGAUAGAAUGUUCUUUUAAAAUGGUUGGACUUGUUUUUAGUUCUGUGGAGUAUUUGAGCCAUUUAAUAUUUUUCUUAUAUUUCAGAGAAACAAGCUGCAGUAUGUUAAGACAAUUUAGAAAUGUACGGUACAGUAGGAUCAAUAAAGUCAUUCACUGCCGAGCUUCAAAAAUAAAGUGACAUUUUUCAACAGUCACAUUCUUGUUAAUUUCCACAACUGUGUAUAUAAAAAUAAAAUGUCAUUUAAAACAA